AUGGCUCCUACUCCCAAAGAAUGUGACUUCCUUGUCAUUGGUAUUGGUAGCGGUGGUCUCGCCGCCGCUAGAAGAGCGAGUGGCAUGUACGGCAUGAAGACCAUUGCCGUCGAGAACUCCAGACUUGGUGGCACUUGUGUCAACGUUGGAUGUGUUCCCAAGAAGGUCACCUGGAACGCCGCCGCCAUCCAAGAAACCAUCCACGAAGCAAAGGCCUACGGUUUCUCCAUCCAAGAGACCGCCCCCUUUGACUGGACCACCUUCAAGCACAAGCGUGACGCCUACGUAAAGCGUCUGAACGGAAUCUACGAGAAGAACCUGAAGAACGACAAGGUCGAAUACCUCAACGGAACUGCCUCUUUCGUCUCAAAGGAUGUUGUCAAGGUUGUCGGUCAGGAUGGUCAGGAGCAACAGGUCCGUGCAAAGAAGAUCCUCGUCGCUGUCGGUGGUCGCCCCAGCACAAUCAACGUCGAGGGUGCCGAGCUCGGUAUCAACAGUGAUGGCUUCUUUGACCUCGAGAAGCAACCCAAGAAGGUCGCUGUUGUCGGUGCUGGUUACAUUGCCGUCGAGAUGGCUGGCAUGUUCCACCACCUCGGCACUGAGACUCACCUGUUCAUCCGUCAUGACAAGUUCCUGCGUACUUUCGACCCUAUGAUUCAGGACAAGAUUAUGGAAGAGUACAGACGUCAAGGCCUUCACAUUCACACCAACAGCUCGCAGAGCAAGCUCGAGGACCUGGGCAACGGCCUGAAGAAGCUGCACUACAAGGAUGAUGAUGGCGAGAACACCAUGGAUGUCGACUGCGUCUUGUGGGCCAUCGGUCGCACACCCGAGGUCGAGAAGCUGAAGCUGGAGAACGCUGGCAUCGAGCUCGACGACAAGAACCACAUCAAGGUCGACAAGUACCAGAACACCAACGUUGACGGCAUCUACGCUCUGGGAGAUGUCUGCAACGCGGGUAUGGAAUUGACACCCGUCGCCAUCGCCGCUGGCCGCCGUCUCGGGGACCGUCUCUUCGGAGGCAAGAAGGACGCUCACCUCGACUACACCAACGUCCCUUCAGUCGUCUUUUCUCACCCCACUGUCGGCAGCAUCGGUCUGACCGAGCCCGAGGCCCGCGAAAAGUUCGGCGAUUCCGUCAAGAUCUACUCUUCCAGCUUCACUGCCAUGUACUACGCCAUGAUGGAGCCCGAAGACAAGGGUCCCACUGCCUACAAGCUUAUCUGUGAGGGCCCCAACGAGAGAGUCGUUGGUCUGCACAUCCUUGGCCAAGGCAGUGAUGAGAUUCUGCAGGGCUUUGGUGUCGCCAUCAAGAUGGGUGCUACCAAGGCUGACUUUGACAGCUGUGUUGCCAUUCACCCUACUUCUGCUGAGGAGUUGGUCACUAUGCGAUAA